AUGAAAGACGUUAUUGAUGUUAUGGCUUUACAAAGUAAUAGACGGGAGCGCAGACUACCUGACUAUAGAAGUGCUCCAGGUCACACUCUAGCAACGAAUUUUAUAUUUGAGUGUGGCAUUAAACUAGGACUACAACCGGCUACAGUUGCUACUGCUGCAAUAUUUUACCACAAAUUCUUUAAAGAGGCCGAUAAAAAUGACUACGAUUGUUAUGUGAUCUGCACAGCUUGUCUCUGCGCUGCCGGAAAAUCUCGCGAUGAGCCAGUUAGGUUACGAGACGCAGUCAAUGUAGCUCAUAACUCAAUUAACCGUGGAGCUGGACCAUUAGAGUUAUCUGAAGAGUACUGGUCGUGGAGAGGGGCUGUUGCACAGGCAGAACUUCUUGUACUGCGCCUACUAGGCUUCAAUUUGGAUGCACCAUCAGCACAUAGAUAUUUACUUCAUUACCUGAGGUCGCUCCAGGAGUGGUUCCCCCCAACUCAGUGGAGAUCGGCACCUAUAGCUCGCACUGCGAUGGCUUUUUUGCAGGACUUUCAUCAUUGUCCAUCAAUAUUGGAUUACAGAGCCCCACACGUUGCAGUUGCUUGUCUGACUUUAGCUUUACAUGUGUUGGGGGUAUCGGUACCUUUGGCAUCUACAUUGGAUGAUGAUGCUGCUUGGUACUCUGUAUUCACAAAGGAUUUGCAGAAAGAAAAGAAUUGGGAAAUAAUGGAAAAAAUAAUGCAAGUCUACAGUAGAGAGCCAGAACCUAUA